AAUUGGUGUUGCUGUGCGGAUUUUUUCCCCUUAGCAAAGAGGGAAUGGUUGCAGUUAACUAGCCAUUUGAGCUAACAUGUUUCACGUUGAAUAAAUACAUUUGACCCCACACCCACGGGGAUAUCGACGAUAAAUAGAACAACAGUGUGUCACGCAACCAACUGAGAAAGGUUUAAUGUUCGAACGGGGCACGAAUUUGGGGAUUCAAUGUUUCCUUUAUGAAGGUGUUUUCAUCGUCAGGCACCCAGACGUUGCGUUGAUGUGUUGACUGUGGCUUGCUGAAGUGUUACCGAGUGCAGUGCGUCGCCAUACAAGAUGGACACCGCCGAGGAAGCUGAUAUAUGCAGGGUUUGCCGGUCUGAAGGAACUCCUGACAAGCCACUUUAUCACCCCUGCGUUUGCACCGGCAGUAUUAAAUUCAUCCACCAAGAAUGCUUGGUUCAGUGGCUAAAACACAGCAGGAAGGAGUACUGCGAAUUGUGCAAGCAUAGAUUCGCUUUCACACCAAUUUAUUCUCCAGACAUGCCUUCUCGGCUUCCGAUUCAGGACAUAUUUGCAGGGCUGGUGACAAGUAUUGGCACAGCCAUACGAUACUGGUUUCACUACACACUGGUGGCCUUUGCCUGGUUGGGAGUUGUUCCUCUCACAGCAUGUCGCAUCUACAAGUGUCUAUUUACUGGCUCCGUGAGCUCGCUUCUGACGCUGCCAUUAGAUAUGCUGUCCACAGAGAACUUGCUGGCAGACUGCUUGCAGGGCUGUUUUGUAGUGACGUGCACCCUGUGUGCGUUCAUCAGUCUUGUGUGGCUGCGCGAGCAGAUAGUCCAUGGUGGCGCCCCCCAGUGGUUGGAGCAGAAUCAGCAGCAGCCCCCCAACGCAGCAGGGCAGCCCAACGAGGCCCCUGGUGCUGGAAAUGGGGGUGCCGAAAACCAGCCCGCCCCAGCACCCGCCAACCCCCCUGCUGAGAACGAGGUGGUGGCCGACAACCCCGACAUCCAGAUGGACCCAGUCGAGGACAUGGAGGUGGACAACGAGGACGAGGACGAUGCGGGCGCAGAGGAUGCUGCGGACGCCAACAAUGGGGCGCAAGAUGAUAUGAACUGGAAUGCGCUUGAGUGGGAUAGAGCAGCAGAAGAACUCACCUGGGAGAGGAUGCUUGGACUUGAUGGCUCAUUGGUUUUUCUGGAACAUGUCUUCUGGGUCGUCUCACUGAACACACUCUUCAUACUGGUGUUUGCUUUUUGCCCCUAUCACAUUGGGCACUUCUCUGUUGUGGGACUUGGUUUUGAAGAAUAUGUCCAAGCCUCACACUUUGAAGGCCUGAUCACAACGAUCGUGGGCUAUGUCCUCCUGGCUGUGACAUUGAUAGUGUGUCACGGUUUAGCAGCUCUGGUGAGGUUCCAAAGAUCACGCCGCCUGCUAGGAGUUUGCUACAUUGUUGUAAAGGUUUCAUUGUUGGUGGUUGUGGAGAUUGGUGUCUUCCCACUCAUUUGUGGCUGGUGGCUGGAUAUUUGCUCCUUGGAAAUGUUUGAUGCCUCUUUGAAGGAUAGAGAGCUGAGUUUCCAGUCUGCCCCUGGCACAACCAUGUUCCUUCAUUGGCUUGUAGGAAUGGUCUAUGUCUUCUAUUUUGCAUCUUUUAUUCUCUUACUGCGAGAGGUGCUAAGACCUGGAGUCUUGUGGUUUCUGAGAAACCUGAAUGAUCCUGAUUUUAAUCCUGUACAAGAAAUGAUUCAUCUGCCAAUAUACAGACAUUUCAGAAGAUUUAUUUUAUCAGUGGUUGUUUUUGGUUCCAUUGUCCUGCUCAUGCUAUGGCUUCCUAUCAGGAUAAUCAAACUAAUAUUACCAAACUUUCUUCCAUAUAAUGUAAUGCUCUACAGUGAUGCACCAGUGAGCGAGCUGUCUUUGGAGCUGCUACUCCUGCAGGUGGUUCUGCCAGCGUUGCUGGAGCAGGGUCACACGCGCCAGUGGCUGAAGGGCCUGGUGCGGGCAUGGACUGUCACUGCUGGAUACCUACUAGACCUUCACUCUUACUUACUGGGUGACCAAGAGGAGAAUGACAACAAUGCAAACCUGCAAGCUAACAACAACCAGCAGGCCCGCAACAACAACGCCAUCCCCGUGGUGGGGGAAGGGCUGCAUGCCGCUCACCAGGCCAUACUACAGCAAGGUGGCCCUGUGGGCUUCCAGCCCUACCAUCGUCCCAUGAGGUUCCCCUUCAGGAUUGUGUUGCUGAUCGUGUUCAUGUGUGUGACCCUGUUGGCGGCCAGCCUGGUUUGCCUCACAUUACCAGUGUUCACCGGCCGCUGGCUGAUGUCCUUCUGGACGGGCAGCGCCAAGAUCCACGAGCUGUACACUGCAGCGUGCGGCCUGUAUGUGUGCUGGCUGUCCAUCCGGGGCAUCACCGUGCUGCUCGCCUGGAUGCCUCAGGGCCGCACGGUCAUCCUCCUCAAAGUCCAGGAGUGGUCACUGAUGAUCAUGAAGACCCUGAUAGUAGCAGUGCUGGUGGCUGGGGUGAUCCCACUACUCCUGGGCCUGCUGUUUGAACUGGUCAUCGUGGCUCCCCUCAGGGUCCCCCUGGACCAGACACCGCUCUUUUACCCCUGGCAGGACUGGGCUCUUGGAGUGCUCCAUGCCAAAAUCAUAGCUGCCAUUACUCUCAUGGGUCCCCAGUGGUGGCUGAAGACAGUGAUUGAACAGGUGUACGCAAAUGGAAUCCGCAACAUUGACCUGCAUUUCAUUAUCCGCAAGCUGGCAGCUCCAGUCAUUUCUGUCUUACUUCUGUCCCUCUGUGUGCCGUAUGUCAUUGCAGCUGGCAUUGUCCCCAUCAUAGGGGUUACCAUGGAGAUGCAGAAUCUGGUGCAGCGCAGGAUCUAUCCAUUCCUUCUGAUGGUGGUGAUGCUGAUGGGAAUCCUCUCUUUCCAAAUCCGUCAAUUCAAGCGCCUUUAUGAACACAUAAAGAACGACAAGUACCUUGUUGGCCAGAGGCUUGUAAACUAUGAACGCAAGGCUGGUAAAGCGAGCUCGGCACCACCCACCAGUUCUCCUCAAGAGUAGAGUCUGCUGUGUGAAACGCCAGUCCUCGGCUGACUGCCUCACUGCCCCUCUCCCUGGCCCCACCCACCAGCUGUCUUCAAGAGUAGAGUCCGUUGUGUGAGACGCCAGUUCUCAGCUGACUGCCUCACUGCCCCUCUCUCUGGGUCGCUCAUCACAUUUCUGUCUGUGGCUUCUCCUCUCCCUGACCUUCCCCUUCCCUGCUUGUAAGUGAAGCUUGAGAACUGUACAUGUGUAAAUAUUGGGAAACAAUUCCAAAAAACAUCACCUUGGAUGAAAAGAAUGAGCAUUGUACAUCUUUGGAAAAAAAAAUGUAUUAAUUUAUUAAAUCAUUGUCACUUUAUCUUUUGGACUCCUGUUGUUCAGUCUGGAAAUAACCCAGUGCCAAUGACUAAUUAGCCCAUGUAAAGAAAUGUAAUGUUGAGAUUAGCUCGGCUAAUCAGGUCACCAGCCAUUGUGCUGGAGUACGCUGGAUAAAUGUACUGCUGAGGUAAAUCUGUCAGGUGAUGUGUUCAGGUGUUUGCACAGGUAAAGGACAGAAGGUAAAUAUUUGGUCAUGUUGCUUUUUCUUUGAGGGAGUGUAAUGACAUUAAAGUGUGAAGACAAAACUCACUACUUAGGUGGACAAUCAUGGGUUCCAAGGCCUGUAACAUUUGCUUGACAUCCUGUGUCCUUGACAUCCAUCCAAAAGCACACACUAACUUGAGUUACAUCUUUAUACAAUCACAUGCGGUUUUUUUGUAUUCUUUAGAAUUACUAGACCACUUGAUCAAGAAAACCUGUGUGAAACAAAAGUUGAAAAAAAAUAUAUAUAAUGGUUAAGAGAGUAGAAAUAACCUAAUUUUAGAUUUGUUCAGUGAUUCUCUGUACUGUAUUGUUAAAGAAUUACUUACAGCAAAUCCCAUUUCAGACGCAGAGAAAGGUUCAUCAUCUUAUUUUGCACACAAGCUACAUUUCAUUUUUUUCACAUCAUUGGACAUGCAAAUACCGUCAGCUUGAACCCUGAUAAGCACUUCAGAGUAUGGAAAGAAAAACUCCUUUCAUUUAAAAGCUGUUUGUUUUAUAAUGUAAAUAGUUGGUCAGUCAUUCCUAGAUUUUUAUUGUUAGUCUCUACCAUCAGGGGCAAUUGUGGGAAUGCAGAGAAAGCUAAAACUUAAAUCUGCAUUAAAGUAUUACGUAAAGUUGCACUCUGACAGAAAAUGAUGGCAACACCAGUAAAGCCAGAUUAUUAUUUCAAGUUCUGGCUAAAAUUAAUAAUAAUAACAGUGCUGGGAGGAUCACAUUGCACCAAGUUGCUGUAUUGUCUUAAAAUACUAAGGAGUGAAAUCAUCGUCUAAAAUGGACAUUUUCCCCUCAUUUUUUUCUUUUGGAGAGGGGUAUAUUUUGUCAUGUUCUGAUAAUUUUGAAAAUAAUUAUUUUAUUAAAUGAGCAAUCUUAAUGACAGCAUAGUUUUCAUGAAGUCUUGAUUAAAGCUUCAACUUCAGUCUUGUUUGUUUUUACCAGACUGAUUUGAAGUGGCACAUGACUUAUUUGAAUGCAAAUUUUCUGUAAGUGACCUUAUAUCAUCUUAAACUGUACAAACCUGAGUGAUGCUAUUAGCCUGUUGGUUUUGUUUGGCUUCUUUUCAAGCAAAAUGUGUAUUCUAUUUUUAUAUGUAUAUAUAAAUGGCAUGGCAAUUGUGUUUGUAUAAGUCUUAACAUAGAAUAUGUUAUGGUUUGGUGAGCUGUGUACAUAGUUUUGUUACCUGAAUCACAUUUCUGAACAAAACCAUAGCUUUUCAUGGGCAUGCUACGACAGGCUGGGGUGAAUACAAUACUUGCAGGUGUUCAAAACUGAUGCUGCCUGAUAAUUGUGUUGUCAGCUCGUUCCUCCCCUAGCAUGCGUGAGAGGUGUGACUGUUUAAAAUAUAUUGCUGGGGAGGCAUUGACCAUUUAGGUCAACAUUGUUGGGGAAUACACCUUUUUUAAAAAGUUCAUUACAAAUAUUAAAUCAUAGAAAUAAUGUGUGUUU